GUGUUCCCUUUUUCACCGGGAACGACGGCCUUCAUGAACCGUCACAUCUCAGUGUUUGGUUUCUCGUUAGAAAAAUAAGGAUGUAGCAGGCGGUACAGUCCCUAUAAAUUAUUUCAUCCCCGCGCCGAGGUACUUUCAGAGCGAGAUCCGCAGUUCCUGAAACGUCGAAGAUUCAAUUUUCUGAAUUGUCCAUCAAGAAACCUUCAUCUGCCAAAGAUGUCCAGUUUUACCACUUUCUCAGACAUGUGACCGAUCUGAGAAAGAAGGACAUCAUGCUGAUAUUCGACAUGCUUGACUGGAACGCCUCUGGAGAGAUUGGUUUCGAAGAGUUCUACUUGCUCGUCUGUAUCCUGCUGUCCAAUGAGAACCACGUGGAGAAGCAGUUCAUCUCACGGCACUCCCGGCCCGUGUUUGAGCUCAUCGACAUGGACGGGGGGCGCACCAUCAGCCCCGGCGAGUUCCAGGCCUCGGGCUUCCUCUUCAACCUCAGGGGCCACGCCCUCAACCGGAUCUUCUACGACUUCGACGUCUCCGGGGACGAGAACCUGAACUACAAGGAGUUCAAGAUGUUUGCCAUGGCGUGCAUCGACAUGCAGGAGGAGACGCGUGAGAAGGAGAGGAGGAAGCUGAAGGAGAUGAGGAGAACGCUGAGGACCCUGAAGAUCCAGCCCCAGGACCCCAGCACCAGCCAAGAAUGAGAUAGCAGCCAGAGGCCUCUCCUGGCACAGACAGCAGGCAGCACCACUCCCUUCGGUCAAGCCAGAGAUUUACAUGAAUAAAUACUAAUAUUUGUACCCUC